AUUCAUUAUUUAUUUUAGCUUAGCUGAAAAAGCUGUUAACUUUUCAGAAAUAUACCUUCCUUUUUAAAUUACUUCAAGAUAGAGGUUACAUAUAUAAUAUCAACAACAUCUAAGGUAGAACACUCACAACUCUUGGAAAGUUUUGGCCGUCCCACAAGGUUAGUUUACACAUGGCAAGUGGGACUGUCUGGCAUCUUCAGAUGGUGGGAUAAGGUUAGUAGAAUUUAGAUUCUGUGGGCUUUUAUCUUCAAAAUGUUGAAGUCUAAAACCUUUAUUAAGAAGACCCGAUCGGGCGGGGUGAUGAAGGUCGUUCGUGAGCACUACUUGAGAGAUGAUAUUUGGUGUGGGUGUGAAACCUGCACUGAAUGCAAACAGGACUCCGCGGUGCUGCAGAGAGACGCGUGUAUUGAGAGCAGUCUGUGUUCCUAUCCACACUAUCUGGUUCCUGACACCAACGUGGUGCUGCAUCAGAUUGACGUGUUAGAAGAUCCUGUGAUUCGCAACGUGAUAAUCCUUCAGACUGUGCUUCAGGAGGUUCGUCAUCGCAGUGCACCAGUUUAUAAACGCCUGAAGGACAUCAUACAUGAACAAGGAAGACACUUCUACACAUUCACCAAUGAACACCGCAGAGAGACGUUCAUUGAACGUGAACCAGGGGAGAGCGCCAAUGAUCGUAACGACCGGGCUAUCCGUGUGGCCGUCAGAUGGUACAGCCAGCAUUUGAAAACGUCUGAGUCGGGCCCAGAUGGUCUCAAAGUGGUCCUCCUCACCAACGAUCAAGGCAACAAGCAGAAGGCUGAGGAGAACGGCUUGGUGGUGUACAAAUUUGAGGAGUACGUCAAGAGCCUAAUAGCAAACCCUGAGCUGGUGGAUCGGCUGGCUUUGUCCAACGAUGAUAAGAAUGACAUCACCAGCAGUAAAGUAUUGUUUCCGGAGCAUCUUCCUUUGUCCAAGGUUCAGGCAGGAAUCAAGAAUGGCUCAUUUCUCCAGGGCACCUUCAGGGCCAGCAGGGACAACUAUCUGGAGGCCACGGUUUUUGUCCAAGGAGAGGGGGAAGACAGCACUGAGGUUCUUAUCCAGGGCCUUCAGAACCUCAACAGAGCAGUGCACCAGGAUGUGGUUGCUGUACAGCUGUUGCCAAAGAAUCAGUGGGUGGCGCCUUCAGCAGUUGUGCUGCAGGACGACGGUGCAGCGAAGGACGAUAACGUUGACGGGGACGAGGAGGAAAAACUAAGCCGAUCAUUAACCGAGGCGGCCAGGAAGGCAACGGGAAAGGUGGUGGGAAUCAUCAAAAGGAACUGGAGGCCGUUCUGUGGCAUGCUGAAUGCCUCUCAAAUCAAAGAAUCCACUCGCCAUCUUUUCACCCCGGCAGACCGCUGUAUCCCACGCAUUCGCAUCGAAACUCGACAAGCCUCCACUCUUGCCGGUCAAAGGAUCAUGGUGGCCAUUGAUGGCUGGCCCAAAGACUCCAGGUAUCCAAAUGGUCAUUUUGUCCGCAGUUUGGGAAGUGCUGGGGAGAAGGACACAGAGGAGGAAGUCCUGCUUCUGGAGCACGACGUUCCACAUCAGGCUUUCUCUCAGGCCGUGCUCACUUUCCUUCCCAAAAUGCCGUGGAUCAUCACACCAGAGGACAUGGCACAGAGGCAGGACCUGAGGCAUUUGACAGUGUGUAGUGUGGAUCCUCCAGGAUGUACAGAUAUAGAUGAUGCUCUGCACUGUAGAGUGCUGGAAAACGGAAACCUUGAGGUGGGGGUUCACAUCGCUGAUGUCAGUCACUUCAUCAGACCUGGCAAUGCUCUGGACAAAGAGGCCGCUAACCGUGGCACCACUGUGUAUCUAUGUGGCAAAAGGAUAGACAUGGUCCCUGAACUGCUCAGCUCCAAUCUUUGUUCUCUAAGGUCCAAUGUGGAGAGGUUUGCUUUUUCAUGUAUUUGGGAAAUGAAUCGCAAAGCAGAAAUUCUGAAGACUCGAUUCACAAAAAGUGUCAUUAACUCAAAGGCGUCUCUCACUUACGCCGAGGCCCAGAUGAGGAUAGACGAUGCCAACAAGAACGACGAUGUCACAAAAAGUUUGAGGGGCCUCAACAAACUUGCCAAGAUCCUCAAGAGGAAGAGGAUAGAAAACGGGGCACUGACGCUGUCUUCCUUAGAGGUCCGGUUCCACAUGGACAGUGAAACCCAUGAUCCAAUUGAUCUGCAGACUAAAGAACUCAUGGAGACAAACUCCAUGGUAGAGGAGUUUAUGUUGCUCGCCAAUAUUUCAGUUGCACAGAAGAUUUAUGAUGAGUUUCCGGAGUGUGCUCUGUUGAGGAAACAUCCAGCACCGCCUCCAUCCAACUAUGACAUCCUGAUCAAAGCUGCAAAGUCCAAGGAUGUGACGAUCCACAUAGAUUCAGCCAAGGCACUGGCCGAUUCCCUGGAUGUGGCCAAAGUGAACGGUUUCCAGUAUUUUAACACGCUCCUGCGCAUAUUAGCCACUCGCUGCAUGAUGCAAGCAGUCUAUUUUUGUUCUGGGAUGGACAGCGACUUCCACCAUUAUGGUCUCGCCUCGCCCAUUUAUACGCACUUCACCUCUCCAAUUAGGAGGUAUGCUGACAUCAUAGUGCACCGCCUGCUGGCGGUGGCAAUAGGAGCUGACACCACCUACCCAGAUUUGAUGGACAAACACAAACAGUCGGCCCUCUGCAACAACCUAAACUACAGACAUAAAAUGUCUCAGUAUGCACAGAGAGCAUCUGUGGCCUUCCACACACAGCUGUUCUUCAAGACCCGUGGAAUACUCAACGAGGAGGGAUUCGUUCUGUUUGUGAGGAAGAACGCAAUCAUCGUUCUAAUUCCGAAGUUCGGUCUGGAAGGAACCGUCUUCUUUGACUCCAAAGACAAAGCUUCUCCUAACCUUGCUUUUGAUGAAGAGGGUCCCACUCUGAAGGUGGAGCAGCACACCUUCCACAUAUUUGACCAGGUGAAGGUCACCAUCAGCCUGGAUAACUCCAACAUUCAGCACCAGAAGAUCCACAUGGCUCUAACUGAACCUGUGAUUCCUGGUGUUAGCGUUUCUGCACCUGAGACGGAACCACAACCCAAGAAGCAAAAACUGGACCGCUGAAACGAGCGCUGUAAUUCACCCAACAUCCCCAUAAGAUCCUGACUUUACAUUUGUACUUGCUGAAUACGAUUAAUUGUUGUGUUUGGAGCAAGUAUGCUGGUCAUUAAAGUAAGUUUGACACAGUAGAUGGGACACUGAUCCAUUUUUACUUGUGCCACUGAAGCCAUUCUUUUACGAUUUAAAACAUGACAAAGGGCACAAUUUUAAACAAAAUAAAAACAAAUGUAUUGUGAUAUUUACAAAGAGAUAUUGCUACAGUGUUUCUAAUCGUGUCACUGAACCUGUUAAACUUACUUUGCUCUGCAUAUAAACGGAAGAACUCAAACAUUUUGAGGCGAAGAUGAAGAAUUUCAGGUAUUUUAAUGUGAAAUUCCCAUUCAAAACUGUUUCAAAAUAAAAGAGUUCAAUUUUUCAA